CUGGUGGGACUCCAGGUAUCUGAGCAACUUAUUGAAAAUUGAUUUCUUUUGAUAUGCCUGUCCAUAUUUCCUUUCAAUGCAAGCUUCCAUUAAUAUUGCUGCAAAUUUCAGGAACACAAAACAAUAUGGGACUGGAGUUGUUGAUGAAUGUGUUUGGUGGACUCGGAGCUGGUGGCUUAAAUCUUCCAAAUAGACCUGAUGUGCCUCCAGAAGAGCUUUAUGCUACUCAACUGUCACAGCUUCAAGAAAUGGGUUUCUUUGAUACCCAAGAGAAUAUUAGGGCACCACGUGCCACCUCAGGAAAUGUUCAUGCUGCUGUGGAGCGACUUUUAGGGAACCCUGGCACGUAAUUAGUACACCUAUAUUGAAAUUUAAUCAAAGAUUCAGUUGGGCAUGUAAAAGUUAUCUAUUUGGACCAGUGUCUCAUAAAAGACAAAAGAUGUGUUAGCACUUUCAAUUC